CGCUUCUUAAUAGCUGUACAGUAUUUCAUAGUAUUAUAGUUAAUAGCUUAAAGGAGGAAGGCAUGAUUCUUCUUACUGUACUUUUCCCAUGUAUCAUUUCCACAUACUCGGCGUCUGUGAAAGGUCACAAUACUGGUCCAAGAAUUAACAAUGACAAGUUAUAUAAAUUUGUCUACUCCACUGAAGUGCUUAUAGACAGGGUUAAAGGAUCGCCCCAGGAGAGCGCAGGCUUCCGAAUUUCAUCUGGAGUGGACGUCAACUUAGUGUGGAGAAAUCCCAAUAAUGAUGAUGAUCAGUUGAUCAAAAUUGCGAUAACAGAUAUAACCACUGAAAAUGUCAAUGAGCGUCCUGCAGAGAAAAACAUUUUUAAUGAAAAAAAUAAAGAUAAAAUAAUUGGAAAAGAGUUUCUAGCAGCUUUUAAAAGACCUGUAAUUCUCCAUUGGACCCGUGGAAAGGUUAACAACUUCUACUCUUACGCAAAUGAACCUGCUGUUGUUCAGAAUGUCAAGAAAGGUCUGGCGAGCUUGUUUCAGAUACAGAUGAAUUCUGGAACUGUCACUGAGAUGGAUAUUUCUGGGAGAUGCAAUGUUACUUACCAGGCUCGACAAAAUCAAAUCACUAAAAUUAAAGCCCUGAACACAUGCAAACUGGAAUUGGCAGGCUUUACCAGCCACAGUCAGAUUCAAGACUUCAGCAAAAAAUCCACUUCUGCUGCCAUUUAUGUGCUGGAAGACACUUUUUUAAAAACUGUGCGGGCAGAAGAACAUCAUAUUUUGAAGAAAAAUAUUUGGCGACAGGUUGAUGCAAAAGUCAUUUCAAAGCAGAGACUGGAGCUGAAGUCAACUGAAGCUGGCCCAAGAAUGAUGGCUGGAAAGCAAGUUGCCAGUAUUAUCAAGGCUCUGGAUUCAAAUUAUGUAGCCAUUUCACUAGUAGCAGAGCCAGUCAUCAAUGAAUGCAAAAGUUGUCCCUCACUCUCUCAGCACUGGAAUACCAUUUCAAAAAAGUUGGAACCAGAAAACCUUCCCAAAGCUGAUGCUGUGAGGGGAUUUUUAUCCUUUGUUCAGACUCUGAGGAAGGCUACAAAAGAAGAGAUCCUUCAGAUACUGAGAAGUGAAAGUAAAUCAGCAGUAGUACUCCAGCUGGUUGAUGCCAUAGUCUCUGCACAAACCUCAGCUUCUCUAGAGGCUAUGUUGGAAUAUCUAGACUUCAAGAACAACACUAGCUCUCUCCUUCUGGAGCGGUUCUUCUAUGCCUGCGGACUUGCCUCUCACCCCAACGAGUUACUACUCAGCUCUUUGAUAAAUAUAUAUCGCGGUCCAAUUGGAAACAGUGAAAUCAGAGAAACGAAUCUUAUCAUAAUUGGGGCUCUCAUCAGAAAGCUGUGCGACAGAGGAAGCUGCAAACUACCCGCUGUUGUGGAAGGCAGGAAGCUGAUCUUGGGAGGCCUGAGCAGGACUGAGAAGGCAGAUGAAGUGAAGACUUACCUACUAGCACUAAAGAAUGCCCUUCUGCCUGAAGCUAUCCCACUGCUUUUGAAAUAUGCGGAGUCAGGAGAAGGACCUGUCAGCAAUGUUGCCGCUAGUGCUCUGCAGAGAUACGACCCCGCUUUCAUCACCAGUGAGGUGAAGAAAAUAAUGAACAGGAUUUAUCACCAGAAUCGGAAAGUGCAUGAGAAGAGUGUACGCACCACAGCGGCUGCCAUCAUCUUUAGCAGCAAUCCUUCCUACAUGGAAGUAAAAAAUCUCCUCCUCUCCAUUGGAGAACUGCCACCUGAAAUGAAUAAGUACAUGCUUUCACUAGUCCAGGACAUUCUACAUUUUGAAAUGCCUGCCAGCAAAAUGAUCCGCAGAGCUCUGAAGGACAUGUUCAUUCAUAACUAUGACCGAUUCUCAACGAUGGGUUCUUCCUCAGCCUUCUCUGGGUAUCUAAUGCGUGGCGCAGACGUGGCAUCCACAUAUAGUUUAGCCAUUCUCUACUCUGGCUCUGGCAUCUUGAGGAAAAGUAACAUGAAUGUCUUUCUUUUCAAUGAAAACACUCAACUUCAUGCCCUUCAGGUGGUGAUUGAGGCUCAGGGUCUGGAAUCCCUUAUAGCUGCAACUCCAGAUGAAGGGGAAGAAGAUCUGGAGUCCUUCGCCGGCAUGUCAGCAAUCCUGUUUGAUGUUCAAUUUAGGCCUGUUACCUUUUUCCGUGGAUACGGAGAUUUAAUGUCUAAAAUGUUCUCUGUCUCCUCUGACCCCAUUCAUGUGGUGAAAGGACUCAUUCUUCUGAUGGAUCACUCACAGACUAUCCAGCUGCAAUCUGGGCUGACGUGCAGCACCGAGUUCCAGGGUGGCUUGUCCAUUGACAUUUCAGGCUCACUGGAGUUUAGUCUUUGGUACAGAGAAUCCAAAAGCACUAUCAAAUCCCGGGGAAGCUACGUGGUUGUUGGCAACAUAGUUGUGGACUCCUCCUUUGUGAAGGCUGGCAUGGAGACCAGCUAUGAAAUGGAAGCAAUGCUGUAUGUCAUCACCACAGUUCAAUUUUCACAGUAUCCAUUUUUAGUUUGCAUAAAGGUGGACAAAACUGGAAUUCCGCUCAGGCAAUACAUAACCAAGUAUGAAAGCCUACCUUCAGGCAAAUCGUAUACCUCCCGGAAAGGAAACACAAGGCUACUGGAAGGUUCUCAAUACCCCCUUCACCAAGAGAACUCCAACAUGUGCAGAAAAGUUUUCGGUGACCAGUCUGAUUCCUCAGAAAGCUGGUUUUGAAGCAUGUGCUGCAUCUU